UCACUGAGGCGCGUGUGGGCACAAAUCGAUUUUCUCUCUGCUCGCCGUGUCCAUUGACGAGCGAGCGCGAGAGAAACUCUUUCCCAGCCAGAAGCAUAAGAUGGAGCACGCCGAGGCAUGUUUGCUCCUGCUUCUCUUCGCCAUUGGAGUCGCAGUGGCGCAACAGAGAGUCGCCCCGAGUCCGUCAGAACCGACCCCGACUGCCAAACAACAGUCAAAUGGAAGCGAUAAAGUGUCAUUCUUCAGAUCCCAAAACCAGAAAGGUGACCCAAUAAGAAGCACAGCCUAUCCAGUAGCAGCAUCAACGCCGACCGCGACUCCUGAGGGAGGCACUGCCUUGUACAAACAAUACGCAAAAGACGGCUCCGUCUGCACCUUAAUUAGAACAGACGCACUCCUCACCUUCUCUUACGUAGACAAAAUUAAGGAGAAAACUGAAACUGACAUUUUUUUGCCAAAUGAGGUGACUGUGUCAGGGCACUGCCACUUGGAAGACUCGUCCUUGCUCACAAUGAGAUGGAAAUCAUACAUCCUCAACUGGUUUUUCAUGAAGACACCUGGGGGUGAGCGCUGGUAUUUGGAUAAGAUGGAGGUAAAAUUCAACACGUCUGAGAAGAAAUUCGAGCACUAUCCAAAACCAGGUCGGGCCGUGAAGAUGUCAACUCCGGCCAAAGUGGGUCUGUUCCCCACCCCAGUGGGCAAAGCGUACGAGUGUCUCGAAGAGGAGACAAUCCAGCUGGAGGGCAGCAAGGACAUUUCAGCUUCGAUUUUGCUCCGUGACCUGAAAAUCCAACCCUUCAUCUUCAAAGGCGAUGACUUUGGGCCAGAAUUCAUCUGCCAGCCUGGCGCCAAGUCGUUCAGAGACGAACGCGCCCCGUUGGCGGUUGGCACUACCCUGGCCGUAGUGACCCUGCUGACGGUGUCGGGCUACGGCGUCUACCGCUACAUUAAAAUCAAGAAGGUCCAGUAUGACAACGUUGAGUAAACACCACACAGAGCUGUGCAUAAGAUUCGCAAAAUGAUAUUGAUUUGUUACGACCGGCCAACAAUUUUUUCCUUUUAAUUUGGAAUUGAACAAGGGCAUACAGGGCUCCGGUUUUAUUGAAUUUCAAUUUCUUUAUUUCAAUUUAAAUGUGAUGGUUGCAGAUCUCAAGUCAAAAGUGUUGCACACAGGAGGACAUAUCUCAAUUUACUGCUAGUUCCGAGUUUAAAUAAAGUCAUUUCUAAGUGAUGUAGAGAAAAAGGAAUCUAUUUGGGCGCCAGUCCUGCUUACUUUCUCUAAAUCACUUUUAGAAAAGUGAAAGAUGCCGAUUAAAUUGAAAUAUUUUACCUCCGCUUUUGACGAGAAUUUUGAGGAAAAUGUGAGAUUCGUUAUUGUUACAAUCGUUGGAAAUAUUUAGCAGCAACUUAGGCAUUUCUUUGCAUUUUGACCUAAAACCCCGUAUUUGCGGGGGGUGCGUUUGAGCCUCCCUUCACGCGAUUUCUGGGUAGAGGGCAUAAAUAUUUUUGCAGACUGGUCGGUUGCGCGCCGACUUUCUGAGCGAUUCGCACCAUUAAUAAAAAUGGCAAUGUAUAUGUACAAUACUAAGGCUAAAAAGGUUGUAAAAACAAAUACCAAAAUAAGUAUUGGCCGAGAAGGAAAUUUGAGGAAUGGUGUACAUAAUGUUUCGCAAUACACAUACAUACGCAAGUUAUCAAAUGCUAUUCGGUGUUGAGUAAAUACAUUCAUUCCACGUGAUUGAAAAUCUUUUUUAUCAAGAGCUGUUCCGUCAUCUCACGCGCUACACUGACUAAGUAUAUGAGCUGUCCGUUUUGGCUUCUCAUUCGUUGCACUAUAUUCGUCGGCACCUUUACAACUUUCGCGCACCCGUUUUUCAUUAAAUUUAAACACAAAGCAAAAUCAAUGUGGGAAAAUCAUUUUUUGAAUUGUGGUGCUACUCAUUCGACGGACCGAUUGGAGUGGCAAGAAACAAAGUCUCCAGCGAGAUUUUGAUCGCCAGGGCGGAAAAAUUAGGGAAUUGCUAGUCAUCGUGUAUGUAUCUCGUGUUGUGUAUCGCUAGAAAAAACGCGUUUUGUGGCUCCAAAAACUCGUGUUUGGUUCAACAAAACAAAGUGGUUUCAAAGUCUUCCAAAAUAAAUAGUUACAUUUACGACGUGUUGAUAUACGCAUAUAUGUAAAUCAUAUAUAUUUAAAUGUGCCAGUCACUGAAUUAAUAUGAAAAAAACUCGCGAUUGUUUGAAGCAACUUCUCAUACAACGCACUUUCCUAUCGUUAUUGAAUAACGAAAGAUAACAUGCAUAUCUUCAUUCAAAAAUAGCUGCAGAAAUAUUGAAGGACGCCGCAGGACUGCUGCACGGGCCUUGCGUAGAAUAAUCAAAUAUAAAAAGCAGAAAUAUCUACGCUGACUCGUGAUGUGGUCCUGAUUGUAUUGUUCGCGGAGUUCUGCAACUAACUUUGGAAAGCAAUCAGUUCGGUUAACUUUACACAGGAUAUUUCAUCGUUCUACUUGUAAAUUGUUUAUUUUUAAGUGUCGAAAGGAGAGUGCCGCUCUCUCCGCCGAAUUAAUCGUUUUUCUCAUAUUCUCGAUACUAUGAAUGUAUAUUCUUCGGCACACACCACAGUGUAAGGUUGUGAGACUUGUUCAGUUCAAAGCUAUCAAUACAUUACCACACGUCAACUAACUCUACGCCAAAGAUGCAAAAUCUGCAGCUAUGAAAAUUAUUAAACCGUGUAAAUCGAUGUAGCGUGUAACAAGUUAUAAUACAAAUAAAGAAAAACUACAAAAAUUU